UUAUGGAGAUGGACAAAUUGGGGAGCUUUCAGUGAGUGUUUGGGUGUUGUGGAAGGCGGGGAAUUUUGGGUGGUACAACAGAGCGCAUGCCAACUCCCAUAUAAACACUUUGUGCGAUUCCUCUCGCAAAAAGGAUUCCCCAAAGAAGAGGUGAUUAUCUGGUUGAAAAUUGUGUUCAUUUGCUAAAAUUCUACGUGUUAUUCAUUGAGAAGGCAAUUUUGAGAAUUUUUUCAAAGAAAAUCAGGGGUAAAAAUUAAGUCUGCAAGACCUUAAAAUUAAUUUUAAUUAUUGGUGUUCUGUGAUGUGCAGAAUAAUUGGAAAAGAAUUUAACCAGAUAAAUCCCUCCUGGAUUGCUAUCGAGAGCUGCUCCCCCUAAAUUAUAAAAAUCUCCCUUCUCAGCAUCAGUCAACGGUGGAUCGUCGUGAAUGUUGUGCAGUGAAAAUUCCAUCUCGUCCGAGAGAAAAUAGUGUGGUGUGAUAGCUCCAUUUUGGAAUACGAAGAAUUUUCCGUGAGUUCCUACGGGAAUUUUCCAUGUCUCAGUAGCACCAGUGCAGAGGAAAAUUUUUGGGUGAAUUGGAAAAUCAAGCAAAUCUCUUGGAUGCUAGUGUGAAGGUGCCCCAGUUGCGUCUCAACGUCGUCAGGGCAGACUCUGUUGCAACUUUUUCCUCCCAAAUUUGUCGGUAACCCACAACACACCAUCAGUCGUCACGUUGGACGGAAAAAUAUUUUCGGCGGUGAACAAUUUCCUCACUGCAUCGUCAUUUGCCAAGGAAAUACGUCAAUUGAUCAUGACACGGCAAGCUAGUGAUCGUCCCGAUGGGGAUGAUCCUCAGAAUCCGCAACCACCACCCGAAUCUCAGUCAUCACCACCGAGUGGAUCUCAGAAUGUAUCAACAGACGAACCACCCCAGAGUGCAUCACCAAAUUCAGAAGGCAACGUAUUCUUCGGCAGCCGCCCUCGUACCACAGAAAUGCCUGGCAAGCGUCGCCUCAUCUCCAAGAAUCAAAUGAGAGACUUCCGUGAGGCAUUCCGCCUGUUCGACAAGGAUGGUGAUGGGAGUAUCACGAAAGAGGAGCUGGGGAGUGUUAUGCGUUCUCUGGGGCAAUUUGCACGCGUCGAGGAGCUAAAGGAGAUGCUCCAAGAAAUCGAUAUGGAUGGCGAUGGGAAUGUGAGCUUUGAGGAAUUCGUCGACAUUAUGUCUAACAUGACGGACACUGCGGUGGAAUCGUCAGCUGACCAAGAAGAACGGGAGCUGCGGGACGCCUUUCGUGUAUUUGAUAAACACAAUCGUGGUUACAUCACAGCUAGUGACUUGCGGGCCGUUUUGCAGUGCCUUGGCGAGGAUCUUGAUGAGGACGAGAUUGAAGAUAUGAUCAAGGAGGUGGAUGUUGAUGGCGAUGGUCGCAUAGAUUUCUAUGAAUUCGUGUCCGCUCUGGGUGAACCCGAGGAUUCGCAGGACAAUGAAGAGGAGGACGAAGCCAUAUCACCACUACCGACCCCCCUUCCAAUUCACUAAGUCGCGUCACACAGAGAAAGUGAUUAUCAAUCAUUCCCACUCUUCUGGCAGCUGAUGCCCUUCUUGACCAACUUUCUAAUAUAUCAACCACCGUAAUUAAUCCCCAAAACUCCACUCGGUCCACCAUUCUACCCUUUGCCUCCCCCAUCCAUAUAAAUUACAAACAAACUCUCCCUUCCAUAAAUCCUGCAUCAAGUUCUACUACGUAUACACAACAUAAACCUUCAGUUAGGCCCUCCAUGUACCUACUUACUUACUACAUGGAGUGAGGAGUAACUUUUGAGAUCCCUCCACCCACACUGACCCACCUUUUUGCACUUAUUCAAGCAACAUAUCAGUUGUGCAACAUAUUUUACCAAAAGGAAGCAUCACAAUGGAAAAUGAAGAUUAACAUUUUAUCGUCCUUUUUGCUCGUACAACUUUUUGCGUGUGACAAUUUUAAUCGUAUUAAAAAAAUCAUACUUAUCAUCACUAAUAUUGUUUAAAAGAAAAAGAAAAACAGAUAAAAUGAAAUCAAAAAAAUCUUAUCAAUAUAUAAAAAAAAGAUUAUUGUAUCGUAACUUAUGAGAAUAUAGCGCAAAUUGAGACACUUUCAUGUGGACUCGCUCGAAUUUUAAAUGUAUAAAAAAAGAAACUUUAAAAAGGGGCACAAAGUUCUUCCUUUCAAAACUUUGUACCGCGUGGUGUUUUUGUCUCUUUGAAUUACAGAAUUUAAGAUAAAAAAAAAUUUAAAACUUUCGAAUAUUUUGAUGUUAAAAUUAAAUUUUAAAACAAAACUAUCUUUACACACUAUUGAAGAAUGAAGAAAAAAAUGUUAAUGUAAACUUUCAGUGUGUCUAUAAAAUAAAGAGAAGUACAUUUCAAAA